CGAAGGUAGUAGAGAUGGCAGAUCUCAGCAUCUCCGUGUCCCUACUGGUGGGGAUUGUAGUUUUCAGUGAGGUGGCGAGGAGGACUGUCUUAUAUCUGCUCCCAAACCGCGUCUGGACCAUACAUGUUCUGGAGUUUAUUUCUACAUUCCAGCUGUGCGCGUGCACUCAUGAGUUAAAGCUCCUCGCGGAGGUGGGCGGACUCGAGACGCAUAUUGCAUUAACACUCACGUAUCUGGUCUCGGUGGUCCACGUUCUGUCAUUCCACGGUGCUAUCUGUAACCCCACCGGCGUGCUGGAGAAGCUUUACCGCGGGACUCUCUCCCGCAGAUGCGCACUGGUAAGGAUCUCAUGCCAGCUGAUCGCGGCUGUAAUGGCACGCAGCGUGAUGCCACACGUGUGGGCACUGGCGCUCUCUGACCUUCACUCAAAGCACAAACUGAUGGGGUUUAAAUGCAUGAACAGCCCUAUUAAUGCCCCGCUGCUACAGGCUGCUGCUGUGGAGCUGGGCUGCUCAUUUCUUAUGCACACAGCAGACUCUAACAUGGAUAAAGUGGAGGAGAAAUAUCAAGUCCAUGCCAUAGCUGCUGUCAUUACCGCCUUAGUCUAUGCAGGUGGACAUAUCACAGGAGCAGUCUUCAACCCAGCACUGGCAUUCUCAAUUCAGUUCCCCUGUCCUGGAAACUCUAUCUUCGAGUACACAUUUGUAUACUGGCUGGGACCAAUACUAGGUAUGGCAUGCUCUCUACUGCUUUUUGACCAGGUGAUCCCAGUCAUCUCAGGAAAAAGCACAAUUUUAAAGGGCCUAAACUCCAAUGACCUCAAAAAGAAAAAGAUGAAGUAAAUUUAAGGUGCUAUUUUAAAGGGUAUUAUUCAGUAAACACACUCAAAAAAAUAUAUUUUAGCCUAUUUUAAAGAUUAUUUCAAUUUCAUACAAAUUAAAACAAUACAUUAAAAUUUAUUUAAUAACACUUAAAAUAUUGAUUUUUUUAUUAAAGAUUACUCGGUUCGACUUGAUUGAAUUUUGUUAUGAAAAUGAAAUGCAUAAGAAUGGUGUUUUAAUGAAACUAUAUUGCAUAUUCCAAAGGCACAAUAAUCCUGUUUAGCUGCCGGUUGCCUGAAACGGUUAUAAAAAGCACAUGACCAACUCUUUUAUUCGUGCUUUUAGUUAGUUUUUAUGUUUCUUAGAUUCACUGUAAUAUUUAUUUUGGUGAUCAUAUUUUUUAUUUGUCACACUGUAACAUUUCUUAACAACUGGACAUUCCUGGAAUAAGCGCUGUUAGAACGUUAUUUGAAGAUAUAUCUACUAGCGAUGAUUAUUACCUAGUAAUAGGUAAUGUUUUACAACAAUAAUAGUUAUAUAAAGCACAGUUUGGCAGUGUCUUUGGGCUAUCCUGUGUAAAAGAACCUGGGUACACCAGAAACAGACCAGAAAAGAAGUGCCAUGUUGUGAACAAGCCAAUCAAGUUCAAGUUUUGACUGCAUAAUGUAUAACACUGCUGUGUUAGAAGGAAAACCGAAGCAGUACUAAAAAAUCAAUCCAAAUCAAUGUAUUAGGUCUGUUUUAAGUAAACUGUGUAAAAAGCAUGUCCCAGUGGUUAUUAUUUAACCUGAGAGAUCAGACCAGACUGUUGUGAAAUCAUUGUCACCUUUGACCUUCUGGGAUUUACAGACUGAAAUGGUGCACAGCACAAAAAUGUGCAGUCUCAGUCACCAUUCACUUUCAAUGUAUGAAAAAAGUGCAAUGAAAGUGAAUGUCAUUUUGCCUUACAUCUCCUUUUGUGUUCCAUGGUUUGGAACAACAUUACGGUGAAUAAAUGUUCGGUCAUUAUUGGGUGAACGAUGCUAAAUAUGUCUUUAGUUUGAAACAAAAGAGGUACGUAUAUCAAACUAAUA